CUCCAACACCAGCACGUCCUGCACUGCUUUAUUCCUCUUGUACUGCACUGACCUACCCAUGAUUACGAUUUGUAUUUAUUAACGAGCGACACGUCGUGCUUUUUAUCCGUCUAUGGCUACGUUUAACGGCGCGGAACAAGUUAUAGCCACGAUAAACAGUCGUUUCUUUUUUACCAGCUCAUUGACGGUGUGACUCGUCGCUGGCUUUCUCCAGACAGUGUCCGGUCCGUCCCGUCACAAAAUGCCGCCAAAACCACCUGCUUUCACAGGAAGAGGGCUUUCGACCGACAUUCGCAGACGACCGAUCACGUCCGGUCUUGCUGUAAAAUUCCAAUCACUGUAUUAGGUCUAGACGACGAGUAAGGAAUGAAACGCGUGGGGACGUGCAGUCGUAGGAAAAUAAUCAACAGCGGGCCGGUUUGGAGACGCGGCGUCACUGUGACCACUCGGAACAGGAUUGUUCUCCUGUAUCCGCACGUCCUGCUGUGUUUUAUUCCUCUUACGCCGCAGCAGAUUACAAUUCUUUAUUGAGUAGGUUUUUAUCCCUUUAUAGUUACGUUUAACGUUGUGGAACGAAACAGGUCGCGUUGUAGCAGCUGUACGUUCGUUCCCUCGCCAACCUCUUUCCUGUUCUUUUUCUCUCUCUUGAAGUUUAGACAAAAACCCCAAACCCACAGCUGAUCAUGUGACGGAGAAACCACAGAGCGGGAACUCCCCCGUCCUGGAGAUGUCGGAAAGCUUUACCUCCGACUGUCACAAAGCGCCGACACUGGAGGCUCCUUCUUCCGACAUCUCCUAACAACCGACAUCACCGCGUUACGCACGAUUACAAUCGCAAAACGACACGUUUUUUUCAAAUCCGUUUAUCGUUAGUCCCGCGCAAAAAUAGCGCACGCCUUCAGACGUCGGCUAGGACGACGGAGCUACGGCGACCCUGCUGCAGAAACGCGAUCGGUCGUCGCGGUGUAAUACGUUGGGGUUUUAUUUGAAGCAAGACUUUCUUUCGUGUCACUAUUCAGUGAUGUGAAGAGCUGGUUGCUUGGUUGAAUGCCUGUAAGGUGUGUGUGUGUGUGUGUGUGUGUGUGUUGGAUGUGCUUACGUGUCCUUCUUCGAGCAAAAAAAAAACCAGGUUUCACUGUGCAAACACAGGACAAGUCGGCUUCCUCGAGUCUCCGUCUCCGGUAAAGAGUUACCUAUUGUUUGUUUAGUUUUUUGUGUGGUUGAAGGUGCGGAAGGUUUACAUCCUGGUACGUGAUCUCCGUGUCCUCGUUGUACAGAGCCUCAGUGGGGGGAAAUGAUACCAAAGUGUUAGGAAUUCAUUUAAAGCUUCAGGUCUGGGUUUCUGUUAAACGGGUUUGAUUUGUAAUUCUUCAUGUGGUACUGAAGUCCUUCAGCGAUUGUUACAGUAAAGCUCAGCCCUGAGGCAUCGUUAGGCCAUGACGUCAGCACAGCUCAAGUACCUCUCUCUGGGUGUGCUGGUGUUCCAGACGACCACGCUGGUGCUGACCAUGCGAUACUCGCGCACGCUGCAGGCAGAUGGGCCGCGUUACCUCGCCUCGUCCGCCGUGGUGCUGGCCGAGCUGCUCAAGAUCCUCACCUGCGUCUGCCUCGUCUGCAAAGAGCACAGUUACAGCGUACGUGCUCUGAGCAGCGUCCUCAGGCAGGAGAUCCUCCAUAAGCCAGUGGAGACGCUGAAGCUGGCCGUUCCCUCAGGAAUCUACACGCUGCAGAACAACCUGCUGUACCUGGCGCUUUCCAACCUCGACGCUGCUACAUACCAGGUGACCUACCAGCUGAAGAUCCUCACCACGGCCCUGUUUUCUGUCUCCAUGUUGGGCCGCAGGCUUGGUCUCUAUCAGUGGCUCUCGCUGAUCAUUUUGAUGACCGGAGUAGCUCUUGUGCAGUGGCCCACCGACUCUCCAGGUUCCCCCGAGAAGCAGGAGCCCACAACGGGGUCUCCGUUCGUGGGUUUGGUGGCCGUGUUGGUGGCCUGCUGCUCCAGCGGCUUUGCUGGGGUUUACUUUGAGAAAAUCCUCAAAGAGAGCAAGCAGAGUGUGUGGAUCAGAAACAUCCAGCUCGGUCUGUUCGGUCUGGUUUUCGGCCUGUUUGGAAUGCUGCUGUAUGACGGAGAGAGGGUGAAGGAGCAUGGAAUGCUCCAGGGUUACAACUCCAUCACCUGGACUGUGGUUUCAUUACAGGCAUUGGGAGGUCUGGUCAUAGCUGCUGUUAUUAAAUACGCAGAUAAUAUUCUGAAAGGUUUCGCCACGUCCCUGUCCAUCAUCCUGUCCACGCUCAUUUCCUACUUCUGGCUGCAGGACUUUGAGCCGACGAGCAUCUUCUUCCUGGGAGCCGUGUUGGUCAUAGUCGCGACGUUCUUGUACGGCUACGAAGGCAAACCCGCGUCCAACCCGAGCCGAGCAUGACGGGAAGCCGUUGACGCCUGCAGAGAGCGCAUGGAGGACCAGGAUGGAGCUGAAGAGAUGGAGGGAAACGCAGAAAUAAAAUGAGGAGUAGGGAGGGCGGAUGAUGGAGAUGUCCGAAGUGACUCGUAUAUUGAGCGAGAACGUUUGCUCGCCCGAGAGCUCGGGGGCGGAGAGCAGCGGUGAGCCAAACGAGCCUGUACCGUUACCGCACGUGAUGAGGAAACCUCGGAGAAUAAAACUGUCGCGAUGUAAACGCCGUAACUCAAGUACUUGAGGAGUGCCAUUCAGUUCAGUGUGUGUGUGUGUGUGUGUGUGUGUGAGUGUGUGAUGAUCCGGACAAUCUGUUGAGAUGAUAAUAUAAGAUUGUGUGUAUGUGUGUAUGUGUGUGUGUUGGUUUUUUUUUUGUUUUUUUUUUUGCUUUUUUUUUAAAGCCAUGUCAUGCACCUAAAUGCAAAAAAAUUCUUUCCAGUUUCCAGCCUUGUGGCUCAGAAAUGAGUAUUCUAUUCUAUUCUAUUCUAUUCUAUUCUAUUCUGUUCUGUUCUACGCAAACUUGAAGAGAAAUUCAUAUUAAAUCAUUUUAGUAAGUAUGGACUGUGUGUGUGUGUGUGUGUGUGUGUGUGUGUGUUAAUAGGAAUGAAAUAAUUCACGUUCAUUUCUAGUCAUGUGACUAAAGAAAAGCCAAAAAAAAAAAAAAAUUACAUUAAAUAAAAUCGACGACGACGGAUGAUAAAAAUGCAGAAAGGACUCGAUCAGGAAGCGUUUAAAGUGAAACGCUGAAGUUUCGUGAAGGAAUAACGGACGUUUAUCGCCACUAGUUUAGCCUCUAAAUCAUCCCACGGUUGGCAUAGCUGCAUAUUUACAAAUAAUUUUUUUGAACGAUUGAUAGAAUUACGGUUUUUAAACGCCAUACGUCUCGAACCCGGGGUUUCAGUGGGCGCUUUCGAUCGGCGCCGUCCCUCGUAGACGGACGUUUAAAGCGUCUCGCGUCACAGCUCUGCCGAGAUCUCGGUUCUGAUUGGUCGGUAGGGAAAGUACUGAUUGAUUAUCUAGAACUCUAGGGACUUGUACAGUUCGGUUCACUUGUUUUAUUCGUGUAGCGCUUUUAACAGUGGACUCCGUCCCCGAGCAUCGUUACAGAAAUAUAUACGUUCCCUGUAUAUGAAUUUUAAAUGUGUGAAUGUGUCCCUAACGAGCGAGCGAGAGGCGACGGUGGCGAGGAAAAACUCCCCGAGACGACACGAGGAAGAAACCUCGAGAGGAACCGGACUCGGAAGGGAAAUCCGUCCUCAUCUGGGUAACACGGGAUGGUUUAUAAAUAAAUAAAUAAAUAAAUAAAUAAAUCCCUUCUAUAACUGUGUGCUAAAAUGGUCAAAUAGUGCGAUUGCUUUCACCUGACCUUGAAGGGUGACGUUAUCAGCUGUUCGCUGGCGUAGUGUCCUGAGGAAGUUCUCUGUGAAGAGAUCUGUCUUUUUAUAGAACGUUUAGGGAAGGAGUCUCCAGUCUCGGUGCUUUGUAAAAGCUGCGAGUUUAAGUUUUCCGACAUCUUCGGGACGGAGAGAGGAGUUUUACACGACUUUCUCGGGAACACGAAAAGCUGCGGGUUGGUUUUUUUUUUUUGUUUUGUUGUCUUAAAAGCAAGAGGAUGGUGAGGGAAGGACUGUUCAUAGCUGCUACAACAUUAAGUGAGAACAGGAGCAUGUUUCAUGGACUUUUUCACACUGACGACGUUUUCACGGACAGCAGUAAUCUAAUUACUGACCGUAUUCUGAAUAAGAAGAUAUUCUGAUUAAGGUGUUUACGUGAGUCGCUUUUAGAAUACUCCUUUACAGGUUUUACAUGUUCUAGAACAUAGUGAUUAACGGUACACGUCAUUACGUCCCCACGCCAUGCCGUCCGACGUUCCCUCCAGAAUUUCACGCAUCGACAUACAGUUGGUCUUCGUUAUGGGACCGUGUACAGUUUUGAGUGUUUCAUGUUUAAUUUUACGAACGCUUCAAGCGCGGUUAAUUAUUUGUCGUGCCGUACGUGCAAACAGACGACCGCUUGAAGCCGUGGGCUGCGUCCCAAACCGCGUACUUACCGUCUAUAUAGUAGCCGAGAUACAUGUAUUUCUCCUACUACAUACUGUAGCAGGUAAGUACGCGGUUUGGGACGCAGCCGUGCUCUCUCGUUCGCCGUCAAACGGUCGAGCGCUGCCGUGUGUGUACGUGUCCUGUCUCACAAUGCGGUGAAAACUCCCACACGACGUUAACAGUGUGAUUAAGGUGUGUACGUGUCUGUAACGCGACUAAAACAGGAAUACUCCACACGUGUUAAUUCCGUUCGUGUUUACUCCGAGUAUGACUUUAAUCGGAUUAAGGUCGUCAAUAAUCUCUGUUUACAUGCGAGUUUCUUAAUCAGAGUAUCGUCUUAAUCGGGUUCAUAUCGGAUUAUCGUCGUCCGUGUGAACGUACUGAUUGAUUCA